GGUUUUAGCAUCACGUGAUCACUCAAACCCGGAACUAGCUGUCAUGUGGUUUGACACAACAAACACACUUUUGACUGUAAUCAGCAUUCAUAUUUAUUAUGAUUAUAUUCGAUUUAUAGUUUCUAGAGAAAGUUACUUUGAUGUGGUUGGCUUUGCUGCUUCAGUAUGUACGCUCCCGGAACAGAGAGUUUGAUCAAGCAGGCGAGAGAAAUACAGGAAGAGGAGCUCCAGAAGUUUUAUGUCCGCGUUUCUAAACAGCUCCACUCUGGUAAAGACCCAGGAGGAGAGGUGAUCGAUUCCCUUCAGAGGCUCCACUUGAUUGUUUCUGCUACAAAAUAUGCCAGAACGCUUCCAGCAGAUCUUGCAAAGAAGCUCCAGAUGCUGCUGCGCUCUCCAUCCUGUGUGGAGCAGUUACAGGUCCUGUCCUCGACCAUCCUCAGGGAAAGUCUGCCUCUCAGUGCGCAUGAUCUCUCCAAAGACCUCAGCCAUGACAGCAGAGCACUCAGCUACACGGCCAGUGUCGUGCUCUCACAGGCUAGAAGCAAGGAUGAUCUGCUUCCUCUCAGUCAAAAUUUACUGAAGAGUCUGGAGUCAAGGCAGCCUGAGAUACAGAUCCCCAAACACACGCUUCCAAUUCUCUCAAAAAUGUUCAUCUUCUGUUUGGAUAUCCUUAAUGAAGAUCAGGUAAAUCUUAUUAGUCGGAAACUUGCUGACUGGCUUCGAUAUGCCAGCAUUUACCAGGGAGCCUCGAUGUCCUCUGGCGGAUUUUUCACCAGUCCCAGAUCACGUCAGCCAGCACUAAUGACUGAAGUGGAUGGAGCUGUGGCAGGAGAUUUCUUCACUGUGCUGUGUGUGGGGCAGAGCUACACUGAAGACCAGUGGAUGAACAUGUACACUUUUUCAAUGAUCAAGAGCUGGCUGCUUACCUAUGACACGGAUGGAACAUCGAAUGCCGAAUCAGCUCAGCUAAAAAGACCACAGGUCGUUCACACAACUUCAUUUCAAGAUGACCGGUCCGAGUUGGAUAGUUCGGUGAUGUCUAUGGUGUCGGCAACCUCCUCGUCCAGUCGAUUGCUGCCCCCAAAAGAGCGUCUGAGGGAGAAAGCCUUUGAGUAUUGCCACCGGCUUAUUGAACAGAGUGACCGGAAGGCUGUGAAGAAAGCUGAUGCAGAGCUACAGAAAGCGUGCAUUGUGGAGUCAGUGUCCAUAAUGGACAUAAUUUGCAGUGAGGAUCCAUCCUACGUUUACCGUGGCUUUCCCUGUAUUAAAGCACUGUAUGGCAGGCUGAGUACAGAUCUGGCCUUUGCUCGUGUCCUGCUGCCCAUCGCUCAGUUCUACCUUAGCCACAGCGAAACCGCUGCUGUGGAAUCAGAAGCCGUCUUCCACCAUCUCUUUAGCCGUUUCCCAGCAGAGCUCUUCAACGAACCCAUGCUGGCCUUUGAAUUUGUUAGUUUUUGCCUGCACAAUGUGAGCGUGCUGCAGAAGAAAGUGGCCAUAUACAGGCAAAGCUUCCCCAACCUGCUCAAGUUUCUGGCAUGGAACAGUCCAGGGCUGAUCUCUGAGUUUAUGGAGCUGCUGCCUUCUUUUCUGGCUCCUGAAACGGCGAUCGAGUUACUCCAUACGCUGCUGGAUCUUCCCUGCCUGGCAGCAGCCCUGGAUCUUCAGCACAGGUCAGCAUGGUAUCAGGCUGCAGAUCGUGCUGUGUGGGACCAGCAGGGUUCCAAGAUCACAGCGUCCCUGGAUGCCUUCCGUCAGCCAUCUUACAGAGGUCUGUUCCUCUACAUCCUCAGACCUGAGGCAGGCACCGGAGACACCAUUGACCGGUUGAGUAUGCUUCAUGAUGCUCUGGAGGGGAUGGCCGAAAGUCCUCGUGUGCUGUGCUGUGCUCAAAUUGUUCCUGUCCUGUUACAUGUCUACUUCAACACAAUUAUGCAGAUGGCCGAUGGGAAGAUGAUGAACCAGCUGCUGCUGGUCCUGCUGGAAAGAAGCAGCCUGCUGUACAAGAUAAAGAACUUCAGCACUGAAGUGCAGAGAGUUUUCAGUACACACCUUCAGGCCCUGUGCAAGCUGAACCCACCGCUGAUUGUUGAUCAGUACAAGGAGCUGCUGGAAUUCACCAGCACCACGACAAACAUCUACACUAAAGAGGACUUCUAUACACAUGUGGUGUGGGUAAUCGGGGAGUAUUUGUCACUUUCCUAUGACCCUCGUUGUACCGUGGAGCUGAUUACUUCCUUUUUCGAGGGGCUUGAGGCGGUGCUGUUUGAGAUCACACAGGUACGCCAGUCUGCCAGCCCGCCUCGCUACUCCCCACGACUGCUCACUGUGCUCAUGACGGCGCUGGCAAAGUUGGCAUCCCGCAGUCAGGACCUCAUCCCUCGAGCUUCACUUUUUCUGUCGAAGAUGCGCUCAUUUGCGCACAGUGGACGCGUGGCAACGUGCUUCAGCGAUGAGGACAGCGAGGAGAUCAUCACACGAGCACAUGAGCUCAUCAACCUUCUGAGACUGCCAAACGUCGCCCAGUUCGUGUUAACGCCUUCUGCCCAGGGUGACUGCCCACGCUGGCACCGAGACACCAACGCUGCCCUGCCACAGCGCAUGAGGGCCAUCAGUGGCCUUCUGCAGUCUCAUUCCAGCUUCCUGCCUGUUUAGAACUCUUGCGCUGCACAAUGGGAAUAUGUGCUAUCCGGUUUCUCAAUCAGAAUCACUCAAUCACACUGGCAUGGAUUUUAUUUUUUUGCCAGGGAAUCUUGAAAGCAUCAUAUUAAACAUUGCUAUUAAUUGGCA